CGUCUCCAACUGAACUAAAUGGUUUUUAUUUAUAUAAAAAAGCAAAACGACAGCGGAGGUGGUGCCGCGGGAGGGCAAGGGUAAACGGGUAUGACCGAACAGAACACCGGUAACACUGACUAUCACUCUUUGUAAACAUAUGAUGCCUUUUUUGCAACUAUCUGUCUCAUAUUAGCUCACAUUUUUUCACUGAAGUCAGCUCAAGGGUUAAUUUACUGCCAGAAUCCAUGAGCACGUUCCCCUGGCAAGCUUUGUCAUAACCCUCAGCAUCUCCUCCCAGGAGUGUUAUAGGUCCCCUGUGCAGGCCAGAGUGGUAAGGAACAAGGAUGAUUCCUAUUUUCCUCUCUUCUAAAAAAUACCUAACUGUACAAGUCCUCAAUCAGGGUCUCUGAUGCAGAGAUACAACUCCUGCUUCACUACUGCGCAGUGUUGCACAGUGGGAUAAAAAAUGUAUACACUGACUCACUUCCAGUAACCUAGCUUUAUCCUGGCCAGGGUCGCAGUAAACUGUAAACAAAGAAUCAUUUAAUGUAGUCCCACAACACUUAGAUACAAGGAAUGGAAAACUUUGUGUUGUGUAGUUGAGAAACAGAGGGAGUGGUGGUAUAUGGUAUACAGUGCACCUCUUGCCCACUGCCUGGUACUCUUUGGUUUGUCAGUGUUUAGUUUGUAUCAUGUGUCAAAAUCUUUGGACUGCCAGUUGUUUUGUCUUAUCAAAAGUGAGCGGUUGUUGAAAAUAACUUUCUCGUUCUAGCAUUUUUGCACAGAUGUCCUAUAUUUGAUGUGCUGCCAGUUGCAACUCCUGAUUGUAGCUUUAUUUUGCAUGUCAGUACAAAUUUGCCUGCUUAAAUCUUGCUACUGGUUUUCAUUAUCAUAUGCAUCAAGCUUAUGGCUAUUUCAUUUGCUGUUCUUUUGUGCUCCUGUAGGUGAAAAGAGCCUGUAGCUAUGAAAAGAUGGGCCACUUAGUCCUGACAUGUCUUGACCCCACCUUGGUGCUCUGUUAGUGAUGAAGAGCUCUUCUACAAUCCUACUCCUCACUCUAUCUGUCCUGUGCAGAAUUGAGUGUGUGUUUGGGAGGACAAUCGAGCACACGCUGCAAGAAUGGGAACGGUAUCGGAAUGAGUGCAUAUCGAACAUCAGCUCAGAACCAACCCCCUCAGGUUUAGUGUGCACACGCAUGUUUGAUCAGUAUGCUUGCUGGACAGAUGGGCUGCCCAACACCACAGUCAAAGUGCCCUGUCCCUGGUAUUUGCCCUGGUAUGAUCAAGUGCGCAGUGGGUUUGUCCUAAGGGAAUGUGGUUCAGAUGGCCAGUGGCACACCAACAACACAAGCCAGACUUGGAGAAACCACUCACAAUGCCACCAGGAUAGCAACAACCACAAAGAACAGGAGAAACAGAUACAGGUUCUAGCCCACUUCAGAGUGAUGUACACAAUUGGCUACUCUUUGUCUUUGGCCAGCCUCACUCUGGCCCUCAUCAUAUUACUUUUAUUUAGGAAACUGCAUUGUACCCGCAACUACAUCCACGCCAACCUGUUUGCUUCUUUCAUCCUGCGUGCCGUGUCCAUCCUGAUACGUGAUGAUCUUCUCAAAAAACACACUCUCGACUUCCAAGACAGCAGUGACUUGUCCACUGCUCUCAGUGACCAGGCGUUGUAUGGCUGCCGCAUAGCCCAAGUGGUAAUGCAGUACUGUGUGGGGGCCAACUACUUCUGGCUGCUAGUGGAGGGCCUGUACCUCCAUAACCUUCUGGUACUCCUUGUGUUCUCUGAGAACAGCUACUUUUGUGGUUACCUCGCCCUCGGCUGGGUUGCUCCUGCACUUUAUGUGGUUCCAUGGAUGGUAAUGCGCCACCUGUAUGAGAACACAGGGUGCUGGGAGAUCAAUGAAAACAUCUUACAUUGGUGGAUUAUUCAAGCUCCUAUUCUCCUGGCCAUUUUAGUAAACUUUUCCGUUUUCAUAAGGAUUAUACAGAUGCUUGUCUCCAAAUUUAAAGCACACCAGAUGAGAUAUACAGACUAUAAAUUCAGAUUGGCCAAGUCUACCCUGACCCUCAUACCCCUACUGGGAAUUCAUAAGGUGGUGUUUUCUGUGGUGACACUGGAACAGCCUGGUCUACUACGUAGCAUCUGGCUCUUCAUGGAGCUCUUCCUCAGCUCAUUUCAGGGUUUUCUUGUGGCCGUUUUAUACUGUUUUGUGAAUAAAGAGGUGCAGUCAGAAAUUAAGAAAAAGUGGCAUUGUUUGAAGCUGGGAAUUAGCACCCUGGAUGAACAACGCACCACAAGCAGCCACAUGCUACAAGGGGCUACUGGACUUCAAGAACAUGAAGACCAGCCAUGCCAGGUGGACUAUCCUGAGGAGAGUGGCAUCCACCUGAGCAUGGACCCUCUUCCGGCCUCCACACAAAUUCCCCUCCAUCGGCAUCAUCACCCAGGAGCAAAGAAGGGCAAGGCAUAUUGUUACAUUUCAGCCCACAAGCAAAUGCUGAAUGGAUUAGACACACCUGCACUGGGCCAUCCUGAACUUGAUGGAGUCAAUAGAUAUUCCGAUAGCUACUGCUAAGGGCUUAGGACCAUGUGGAAAUAGAUAUCUAAAUGAUGUCUAUAAAGAUUUUCAGAGGUGUACAAAAUUGAAGCUGGAUGUAACUUAAAUUUGAAAUCAUUGGCAUUUACUGAAUGAACCUCUAUGGUGCGCUAUUAUUAGAUGAACUUUUACCAGAAAUUCAGUAACCUGGAGGAGCAGGGUGAAAUUUUUCUAGUUUUAAAAGACUCAGAAAUAGGUGGGAGGCUCUAAAAUAUAACAAAUCGAUUGAUGUGACUGUUCGUCCUGUUGUGUUGUGUUAUUUUCUACCUCUUUACGUUGUUGGACAACAGUGAUAUUACCUGUUCUGUGAUAUUGUGGAUCAUCUCUCAUACAUAUAUAAUGAUGUCUAAUAAAAGGCAAUUUUCAUAGAAAUUAUUUGUUAAAAAAUCAAAACACUUCCAAGAUCUUAAUAUGUAAAGUGUACA